GGCGAUGUUUCUAGGUGGAGCUCAGAGGAGGCCGCAUGUCUGUGGUGAGGCUGAAGAUCCCUGUUGUGUCUCAGGUUAUCUGUCAGAUCAGCGCUACCUUGGAGCUACGGUGGGCCGCGUGGCCAACAGGAUCGCACGGGGGCACUUUGUGGUGGAGGGGAAAGAGUACCGACUCGAUAUCAAUAAUGGACCCAAUGCACUGCAUGGAGGGCUGCGAGGCUUCAAUAAGGCGAUCUGGCUGGCUACAGCAGUGGAAGGCGGAGUACAGCUGAGUCUUACCAGUCCAGAUGGGGACCAAGGUUAUCCUGGAGAGGUGCAGGUCUCUGUCUCCUACACACUGCAGGGGGAAACUCUAACUGCUGAAUACCAAGCCCGCUCUACAAAGACCACCCCCAUCAACCUCACCAACCACUCAUACUUCAACCUGGCGGGACAGGUGAGACGCAUGAUCAGCUGA